AUGGCUACGCUCUACACAAUCAAUCAGUGGAAAAACGAAUUAAGACAUUUUGGGAUCAAAAUAGGCAGUGCAUGGUAUUUUUCCAUGGAAGAAAUAUUGUAUCUAAAGAAGAAGCAUAUCAUAAUGCAUCAUCCUCUGUUAACAUCGAGAGCAUAUAUCAGCACACGUAACAGUAGGGUUUUUCAAAAAGGGUUUACAGUUUAUUGUCAGCUCAAGGAGAGCGGAUACAAUCUGAUCAACAACCACUUAUACUAUCACACAAAGAAUUUUAACCGAAAACACGAGUCAUGUAUCGGUACUGUGCAGUUUGUCCGUAAAAAUGAAGACUUCGAGUUGAUGAGCCGCGUGUUUGUCAUUGUUUCUGAUAAUGAGUACUACAUUUUGAACACUCAAUUAUGUGUAUUGGAUAAAAAACUGACAAAGAAGCUCAUCAAAGAUGUCAACACAGCACACGAACAAACGGUCAUUAUCUGA